GUGAAAUUAGAAUAAAACAGCGUAGGUGGACAGGAGGAACAACACACAGGGUGGCUCUCUGAAAGAUACAAAUGGUGUUUACUCUUCACUGAUCUUUCUUUUUACAACAUAGACGUGCUGACAAGAUUGAAGAGUUUGUCUGAAUAAACAUCUGAGCGAACUGGUGAAGAAGUGCGGUGGCCGGUGUCACGUCGUUGUUAAUAAAUAGGCCUACUGAAGGAAUAAAGAAGAACACAACUACAGAAGCAACCAGUUCCAGGUGGCUGAGCAACUCAACACAAUAGACGAGACAGCGAUAGAAAACAAAGGAAGCAAUACCGUCUCUAGGAACAUGUGGAUCAAGUUGACAGGCCCUGCAGCACAAUCCCUUGCAAAAGCUUUCUUAGGGCAAGCUCUCCUACUUCUGCAGGAAAACAAGGGAGCGAAAAGAGGAGCAGAAGAAGAAGACACCACGAUAAUGGUAACACCUCUGGGACAAGAGGCUGAAAACAAAGUUCUGGAAGUCACUGGAAGAGGAGGAACAACAGCAAGAGUUACAACAGUGUCAGUGUCACCAACAAGGACUGACGUUGCCAGAACAGCCCAAGCUGAGAAAAGCAUCAAAGUGCUAAAAGCAUACAGGAUCGUCCUGCUGGGCAACACUGGAGCUGGGAAAAGCAGCCUAGCAAACACCAUAUUUGGAGAGGACGUGUUCAAGAGAGAGAAUCCCCCCGUCUGUGGAACAAGCGAAUGCCGAGCAGAGUCCAAAUCUGUUCAUGGAAGAAGAAUUACUUUGAUCGACACUCCCGGUUUCUUUGACACACACAGACCUGAGGAGGACAUGAAGCGUCAGAUAGUGAGCUGGAUCACAGAGUGCACUCCUGGGCCUCAUGCUUUUUUCAUUGUGCUUCAAGUGGCUAACUCAGAGCAGGACAGGCUUGUCACUAAAAUUAUUGAACAUUUUCCAGAGGAAGCUUUCAAAUAUGCUGUAGUUGUCUUCACACAUGGCGACCAGCUCCCUGAAGGAAUGAAAAUUGAGGAGUUUGUUCAUGAGAAUAAAUGUCUCGGUGAUCUGGUGAAGAAGUGUGGUGGCCGGUGCCACGUUAUUGACAAUGUAGUCUGGAAGAACAACCAACAGGAUGGAUACAGGAACAACAACAUCCAGGUGGCAGAGCUGCUCAACACAACAGACAAGAUAGUGAUGGAAAACAAAGGAAGCUGCUACACCAAUAAGAUGCUACAAGCAGUGAAGAGAGAAAUAAAGGAAGGGGGCAACACAACAUCAGUGGGAAACAUGGCAAAAGGAUACACUAGCAAUAAGUUUAGUGUAUCGAAGAAUGUGUGGAUUAAAUUAACAGGCCCUGCAGCAAAAUCAUUGGCGGAGGCUUUGUGUGGACCAGCUGCCGUAGUUCUGCAGGAAACUGAAGGAGCAGCAAAAAGAGCAGCAGAAGAAAAAAAAGUAGAGGAGGAAGAAGCAGUUGCAACAGGAACAGCAUCAGAAAAAGGAGACAUAGUAACAGAAACGGACAAAGAAGCAAAAGAAAAAGCAACAAGAAUAGAAAAAGAAGCAGAAAGAGGAGAACGGGGGGCAGGAGGUGGCGGAUUUAUGAAGUUUAUAUGUAGUCUACUAGCAGCAGCAUAUGCAGGUUUAUUAUUAGCAGUACCAGGUGUAGGUGCACUACUAGCAGCAUUAGCAGGUGGAGCAGGAGUAGCAGGUGGUGUAGGUACAGUAGUAGUAGCAGCAGUAGUUGCAGCAGGCACAGCAGUUGUAACAACAUUACUCACAACUGGGAGCUUAAUAACAGGAGCCGUAGUAUGGAUACGAAAUAAAAUAUAUCAAUUCAGAGAUUUUUUACUACGACAUAUUAGAGUCACAUUGCUGGUGAUUGCCUUCUACUCAUUGCUACUAUUAUCAUUUUUUCUGAAAGUACCAAUCGUAGGGACCCUGUUCUUAUGGUUACUUCUGUUACUAUCAUUUUUGUUAAUAGUGGUAUUAUUCCUGCUAUUAUAGAAGUAUGUAAUGUAUGCUUCUCCUUUACGGAUGUUGUGAUGAUCUACCACAGGUAGACAGAGUGUAGAAAUUAUAGUUCAGCAUAAGAUUUAACCAAUUCAUUGUUGUAGUGCCACCACACCAGUUUGUACAUUCAUAAAGUAGUGUUUUAUUAUUUUCUUUUUUAUAUUAUAACAUUAAGAUAGAAUGGUGAGGUGAGGGGGAAAGUUUGCAACGGACCUGACUUUGUUAGAUCCCAAAACAUAAAUCUUCAGUGUAAUUGGCAGCGACAAGAUUACAUUUCCUUUACCCACUAAGUGUUGUCUUCACUCACACUGAACACAUGUAAUAGAAAAUCCAAAGCCGUCUAAGCAGACUAGUCACCUAUUUCUAAGGAGGUGCAUGUCAGCUACACCUUCAGUUACAGUACCAUCCAUCCAUCCAUCAUCAACCGCUUCUCCUGCGUACAGGCUCGCGCGGGCCUGGAGCUGGGCUCCCAGCUGACAUUGGGCAAAAGGUGGGUACACCCUGGACAGGUCAAUCCAUCGCAGGGCCACACAUAGACAAACAGCCAGCCACACUCACAUCCGCAUGUCUUUGGACGGUGGGAGGAAGCCGGAGCACCCGGAGAAAACAUUGUGUAUGUGUGUAAAACAUGUAUUGUACUUGUACAAAGUUGCUACAGCAUAAUUAUUAUUUCAUUGUAAAAUUUUCUAAGAAGUAGAUGACUGACCAACAGGAUUAAUGAAGGAGGGUAGGGAAUAGUGCUAUACAAUAAAGGUUUAUUGAAAUUGUUUAAUGAAAUGGCUGACAAAUGAAAAAUAUGUGUAUGGAGACUUUGUGACAUGUUAGAGGAUGAUUUUUCUUUUUAUUCCUUAAUACUUAAAAUGUAAAAAACAAUAAAUCAAUGUAUUACACACUGUAUUAAAGUCCUCUCUGGUAGUUUUUCCA